CCCCAUUUACCGGCACCAAAAGAUGUGAUGGUUCAUUCCUAUAACUUUCGUAGUUUGCUGAGGUGGUCUCCUGUUGAAGUGGAUAGAAGCUUGGUGUUAUACACAGUCCAUUAUAAAACAGGAGGCUUUAACAAGUGGGAUGAGAUGAACUGCACCCGUAUCACCCAGACCCAGUGCAGCUUCCCCUCGUCGCUGAGGGAGCCGCGCUGGACGGUUGUUUUGCGCGUGCGGGCUGAGCUGGGGCAAGUGACUUCUGACUGGGUGGAAACGGAUCCAUUCGUGGCAGAGAGAAGCACUACUGUUGGGCCCCCUAAAGUGAACAGUGUGACUGAAAGCUCUGACUCGCUUCUUGUUAGUGUCACCCCCCCUUUUGAACCUGAAGCAGGUUAUUCUUUUCAGUAUCAUGUGUCCUACUGGGAGAAUGCAACAAGUACUACUGAAAGAAAGAUACAAACGAGAAAUACACUAUUCAAAAUCAGCCACCUAAAGGAAUUGACACUUUAUUGUUUUACAAUUCAAGCAGAAUUGGAGACACAUUCAGAUCACUGGUUACUUGGACUACAAAGUGCCCCGGAGUGUCACAGAACUACAAUCAGUGAGGCAACCAGAGCUGGAUAUAUUAUACUAAUAUUUGUGUUGGUGUUACUCUUUGGAAUUCUCUUAACAGUUGGCUUGCUUUUUCUGUGGAAACACCACUUAAAUACACUUAAAUAUUGGUCUCGGCCGCCUUUAGAAAUCCCAUCCCACUUUGAAGAGUAUUUGAAAGACCCAAGCACGCCCGCUUUAGAGGUGCUGGACGAUUAUGCCGAGGACGAUCCCCACGAUUCCCUAUCGGUUGUAUUUGGUGAAGCAGGAAGCCAAGCCGGUGGCAGCAGUUUGGACGGUUGA